AUGACAUUCUUUGACUCGGGGUUCUUGGCAUUGGGCAAUCUCUUAUUUAUUAUUGGACUUAUCCUUAUUAUUGGGCCACAAAGAACAGUUGCCUUUUUCACCAGACCCACAAAGAUUAGAGGCACGGUGGCGUUUGCUGUGGGGAUCAUUUUAAUCUUGAUGAAGAGAUCAUUUAUUGGAUUCAUAGUAGAGGCAUUUGGUAUACUCGGAUUGUUUGGUGAUUUCUUUGGAACAAUUGUACAAUUCUUAAGGUCUAUCCCUUAUAUCGGAGAUGUAUUGAGCCAUCCCUUUAUUGCCCCAACAAUUGACCGAUUAGCUGGUAUUAAUAACACAUUGCCUGUAUAA